AUGGAAUCAGACGGUUCUGAGUUUGACACCAAUAAAUAUAACGGAAAUAACGUACAAAUCCUCCUCCUUAUAAUGGUGAUGAUUUCCACUCAUUCAGUAAGGAAUCACAACAGGUUUUACCUCAAUCAAGCCAUCCAGAAGAGAAUUAAUAACUACUUUGAAGAGAUCAAAUGUAUUAAAGACUUCUAUCGAUGGACUGACAACACUCUAAUUCCUAACCUGUAUGGGGAAUACAGAGGCUUUAUUGCUGAAGGAAAUUCCUUCCUUAUAAUAGGCAGUGUCCGAAUUCACCAGAUCCGUAUUCCUGAUACUGUAUCCUUUCCAAAAAGAAUUUCUCCUAGUGAACAAGUAAAGCCCUAUUAUCAGAAUCAGCAGGAGGAUCAGAAGAAUUAUGGAGUUAACUGGGCUCCCCUUGAUCUGAAGAGCACAAAUCAAGACAGCAUUUGGUGUUAUCAGAGCGAGGAAGCCUUGGGAUACCCUAUCCAAGGACAGUGUGCAGUGUACUCAGGAGGAGACUACAUUGUUGACCUUGGGAACAGCUCUGAAGAUGCUAACAGAACUCUUCAGCACCUGAAGCAGAGCCACUGGCUAGAUAGCCGCACCAGAAGCCUCUUUGUGGCAUUUGGUGUCUAUAACGCUAAUGUGAACCUCUUCUGCGUGGUGACCCUGAUCCUGGAGUCCACUGGUGUGGGUAAGAGCACCUCUACUCUCCCAGCCUUUCCACAGCCCCUGAUGGGCAAAGGGGAGACCCGUUUUACCUUUUUUUUUUUCAUUCUAAAUAAAGAGUAUUUCUCUUGUUGAAAACAUUUUAAUUUCAAAACCCUA